AUGGGGGCUCUUGCUGGGGUUCCCCUGCGCCCCUGCCAGCUCCUCCUCCUCCUGGGGGUCUUCUUCCUCCUCCUCCUCCUCUACCUCUCCGGCUGGCACCUCCCAAAGCUCCCUCUGGCUGCCUGCGUCCAGGGGGGGCAUCGGUGCCCGUGGCUCCGGGAGACGCUGCCCAAGGAGGAGGAGGAGGAGGAGGAGGAGGGCGAAGAGUUUGACAUCAGGCACCUACAAAGGGCUUUCUCGGCCAGCCUCUCCCCCCGGGGCGAAGUCCUCCUCCAAGAAUACCUCCAGGGCUGGAGACAGCUGCUCAAGUUCCUGGACGUGCUGGGCAGAGCCUUUGGGCUGAUCUCCCAGGAGGUCGAGUCCAAGAUCAGCAUCCUGCAGCGGCAUCAGGAGGGGCCGCACGGCCUCCACUACCGCACCGUGCAGUCCAUGGUGGACUUCGAGCUGGCCUCGGGCUUGGUGGGCUUCCAGUCCCUGCCGGCCCAUCAGCCUCCCUCGGGCUGCCGGACGCUGCUGCGCCUCCAUCGCGCCCUGAAGUGGCUGGAGCUUUUCCUGCGCAAACUGGGGACCAGCCAGAAGGACGAGAAAUCUUCCCGGAUGUGUGCGGAGGCCUACCAGGUGGCCCUCGCCCCGUAUCACAGCUGGUGGGUGCAGCAGGCCGUCGCCCUGGCCUUCCUGGCUAUGCCCUCCCGCCAGGAGCUCUACCACAUCAUCGCGUGGGAGAAGCUGGCCGCUGGCACUGUUGUCCUGACCACGGUGGAGAGCCUGGGCCGCGUCUACAACGUCACACAGGAGGUCUACUCUGCCCAUGGGAUGCUGGAGCUGCCCUAA